UUCAUUUAACCAUGAAAUCAAAUUAAAUUUCUCAGCAAAGCUGCUGACCCACAUCCGAUGUUAUUUAUAAGUGAACAUGAGAGCAUUCAGGCUGCAGCAACCGAGGAGGCACAUUCUGUCUAAGAGUACGAUCACAACUAUGUCAGGCUCACCCAGUCCUCUAACCACCCAUGUGCUGAACACUGCACUGGGAGUCCCAGGGUCAAACGUGACCCUCAGACUUUAUCAACAAGACCCUUCAGCCGAUGUCUGGCACUUAAUAACCACUGGGACAACAAAUGAUGAUGGGCGAUGUCCAGGACUGGUCACACAGCAGCAGUUUAAAUCUGGUGUGUACAAACUGCAUUUUGAGACUGGUCAGUACUGGGCCAGGAUGGGUCAGACCUCCUUCUAUCCCUACGUUGAGAUUGUUUUCACUAUAACUGACCCGGACCAAAAAUAUCACGUCCCUCUGCUUGUGAGUCGUUUCUCGUACAGCACAUACAGGGGGAGCUAGAGAGCAACUAUAAGGAACCGCCUUUUUCGCUGGCUGACUCAGAACGACAGGGAUUACUGCAGAUGUAUUUUGUAACUGAAAUAACUGAUUCUGUUUUCAAAAUGGGACCUAAAUAACUCAAGUGUGCUGUGAAUAAUGAGUGAAGUAUUUUUUUAAGGAGCAUUAUUGGUUCUGUCUGUAUUGUGCUUUACAUUGUACUCUAUUGGCAUAAUAUUGGCAUUGAUUUAAAACCGAACCCCAUUAAAAUGAAGUGGUGUAAGUGAGCUGAUGAAAUGGUGAUGUAACCUCAAAUGCUGUAUUCUCAUUUAUUUCCACUGCUGUUAAAAUAAAUUAGUUAGUUAAAUAACAAUAUAUUGUUAAGUAAAUUGGUAAAUAAAGAGUUAAGUAAAAUACAGCUUUAAAAAUAUAGAAAUAUUAAAAACAUAAAGCUGUAAAGCUAACGAGAGUAACAAUAAAAAGGAAAAGAAGUAUAAUUGUUUUACAGUAAAAUUAUUUAAGUUGUUGAAACUGCACUGUUUGGAGGGUCCCGCCUUUUAGCAAAGUUAAACAUGUCAAGAAAGGGCAAAUACUUCCAACACUAUUUAAAAAGAUUAUGUACAAGAUGUUGACUACACCUUUGGAUGCGCACUAUGAAUAAUAUGCAUUAGCUUAAGUCCAGCAGGUGUUUGUUUUGGAAACAGGAAAAGCAUGACUACCAACCCUUCAUACCAAGCCAAAGUUCCAAACACCAAUCAGUUUUGAUCCAAAACCUUCAGGUGUCUGCUAGAAAGUUGAAGAUGAAAAGGUAUAUAAAUAUAUUUCAACAUCACAGUGAGUGCAAGCACACAUCCAAAUUAACAACUGCUGAGUUGAACAUUAAUAUUUUGGCCAAAUGAGUGUCCAGAAAUAAAUCUUUGAAGUCA